CCAAACACGGAGUUUCUAAACAUCUUUCCCCUGGAAGGAGUUUACCAAAAGCUCCGUUUUCAGGGACCUAAAAUGCAGUUUGCGUGUGGACGAAAGGCCAAAACGGAUACGUUUUAAAAAAUAUAUCCAGUAAAGAUAAUGGAAACUAACCAGUUGAAUAGUGAUCAGCUGACCUGCCCAGUGUGUCUGGAGUUCCUGCAGGAUCCAGCAUCUCUUCCGUGUGGACACAAUUAUUGCAUGAAAUGUAUACAGGAGUACUGGCACCAGACAGAAGUCUAUAAUUGUCCACAGUGCCGGCAAACAUUCCCAUCAAUUCCUGGUUUGGCUAAAAACAUUCUCCUAGCUAAUUUGGUUGAGAGUGUGAAGCAGGCUGGACUUUCUGGUUCUCCUCCUGAUGAGUAUGCAUAUGCAGUAACUGUAAGAGCAAGAAAAGAAAAUGUUCUAGAAUCAAAAAAUGAAAAUGAGGAAAACCCACAGAAGCAGGCUACAAAAAGAGAGACCACAUGGAAAAUCAAAGAAAACAGUGAACCCAAAAAGGAAGAAAAGAAUGGCUUUGCAAUCAAAAAAGUGACAGAAGGUGCAGAGGAUGAUAGAAGAAAUGAGGUAAUGAUGGAAACAAACUUAGAGCAGCAUGCAGGUAUGAAAGAUGGAGAGAAUGAUGACUAUAUGAAGGAAAAACAACACGAAUGCAUUCCGGAGAAAAAUGGAACAAAUAAACAAACUGAAAACCAUGAGCAGAAGGAAAUGACAGAAAGUAAAUGUAUGACUGAGCAUGGAAAUGACCAGAAGGCGAUACGAACAGAAAGUGCAAGAGAAAUGAAUGGCAAGGAGGUAAAGAGUGUGAAGGAGAAAGAAUUCAUCAGUUUGCUUGAAAAGCUGGGCCUCAAGGAACCCUAUAAAAAAGCAAUGUGUAAAACAGAUGCAAUUGUUAUUAAGCAAAUGUCUCUUUGUGAAAUUCAGCCAAAGAAUAACAAGGAUCUGCCUUAUUUCUAUCUGGAAAGACUCAUUAUGAUGGAUUACAGAAUGAGAUAUUUAUUUUGUCAGGAAAUUGACUCAUCUACUUCAAAUGAGAGACAGAAGAAAGGUGAGGUGGAUUUAUCACUUGAUGACUUCUUUAGUGACAACUGUGAGGAUAAAGAAGAGGUGGAUACACAUCAGUCAGGACACAUCCAUCCCAUGGAUCUCCAGAUGGCUCUUCUCCACUGUUCUGAUGACUUCCUGAAGCAGUAUCUCUACUCCAAGCUCUAUCUCUGCCAGUAUGCUCUUCCCUUUUUGGUUCCUGAUCCUUGCAGCUCAAACAUUGAAUUUCCUUUGUGGGCUUUUCGUCAAAUUAAGAUUGGCUGCAAAGAUACAAACACACAGAGCAGUAAAGUGAGUUCUGUGGUUCAGACAGACAUGCCGCUGGUAUCUUUUAUAAGACUUGGCUCAUCAUUAGUGUCUAAAUCUCAUAUCAUGAACAUGGUCCUGAACAGACAGAAGCACAACACCUUCUUCCAUCGACACUGCAAAGGCAGCAGGCGAGACAAUGUGCUGAUAGAUGGUAUGGUGGAGAUUGCCUGGUUCAGCUCUGGUGGCAGGAAGGAUGAUGUCUUUGAAGACUGCAUUGCAUUCACCAACCUACAUGGAGAUGCCAGGCAAUAUGACAAGCAGGUCAAUUUCUUACUUGAGAUUUCUGCUGUCAAUGUGGUUUUCAUAUCAGAUUCAGGACUGAAAGAACAGGAUAAAGUAUUCCUGAAGAAGUUCUUUGAUUCACCACAACCACUAAUUUGUCUUCAUGCUGAUAAAGAAAUAAUUAAAGGGAGUAGAUCAGGGCAAAAAUUUAGAAUAGGAUUGAAGAAUAGGAAUGAAGCAGAACUUACAGAGGAGAUCAUCGCCAUCCUCAGAUAUUGUCUGUCCAUAUCAAAGAAGACAAUCCGAAUAGAAGCAUGUUCAGAUAUUGCAAUGCAACAUGGCUUUGUUGUUGAUGAAGACAAUAAAGACUGUAGAGAAGGAAGAGCCCUGGCAGAGGCCAUUGUGUGUCUGGUUAAAGACAAGAGCUUACUAGAAAGGAAGGAGGCAUUUCUGCCACUUCAAGGUCAUAUGUGGCACAAGUGGUGUCAGGAAGACAAAGAGCUUUACCGCUUAAAACAGAAAGGAAAUAAAAGCAUUGAACAGUACAGGAGUGAGAUUGAGGGUAGAAAGAAGAGGAUAAGGGAAGAGCAAUUAUGGAGAGCUUUCCCACUAAAUGAUCUCAUGAAAAAUCUGAUUGAUAUCCUGCAUUCACAUUCAAAACCUAUUAAAAUGUAUUUUCUCCAAUGGCUGAAGGUCUUCCUGGAUGAACUACUAGCAGAUUCAGUUCCUGAACUUCAGCAGCAAUACCACAAGACUUGGUUACAAAUGCAGACACUACAAAAUAAAUUAAGCUUACCCAGUGAGAUUAGUGAACUUCAGUCUGUAUUGGAUGAGUUGUCAAAUCAAAUCAGUGACUGUAUCUUUGAUCUCAAACACAUCUUGAGAGAAAUGGGGCAACUUUUUGAAGCCUCUCAGACAGUGAAAACAAUUGAUGGUAACUGCAUUGCAUCACUUCCUGGAAUUGCAUCUGAGCUCCUUAUAUCUGGUCAUCCUCUGGAACUCAUGGAUGGAGAUGCUGCCCAUGUACCUGUGAAGUGGAUUUGCUCAGUUUUGGAUAAAGUGCAGGAGAAGCUAGGUGAUGUGAGGCUUUUUGUAUUGUCCGUACUUGGCCUUCAGAGCAGUGGCAAAUCCACUUUACUGAAUGCCAUGUUUGGCCUGCAAUUUGAUGUGAGUGCAGGGAGGUGCACCAGAGGGGCCUUCAUGCAGUUAAUUAAAGUGGAUGAUGACAUUCAAGCAGAGAUAAAAUAUGAUUAUAUUCUUGUUGUUGACACAGAGGGUUUGAGAGCAACAGAGCUGUCAUACAAGAAAUCAUUAAGCCAUGAUAAUGAGUUGGCUACAUUUGUUAUGGGUCUAGGCAACAUGACUGUAAUUAACAUCUUUGGAGAAAAUCCCUCAGAGAUUCAAGACAUUCUUCAGAUUUCUGUUCAGGCUUUUUUAAGAAUGAAGCAAGUGAAUCUUUCUCCAAGCUGCCUCUUUGUCCAUCAGAAUGUUGAAGAGAAUGGGGCUAAGGAUAAAAAUAUGGAGGCUAGACGCCGACUGCAGGAGAAACUGGAUGAGAUGACUCGAGCUGCUGCAGAAGAGGAGGAGUGCAAUGUAAAAUGCUUCAGUGAUGUCAUCAGAUUUGACGUAAACACACAAACUCAUUACUUUGCUCAUCUGUGGGAAGGCAACCCACCAAUGGCUCCUCCUAAUCCGAGUUACAGUCAGAAUGUCCAGGACCUCAAAAGAGUCAUUCUUAAUGCAGCCGUGCCACAAGAGAGUCAACAGAUCCCAAAGGUUUCUGAUUUUAAAUUGCGUGUCCAGGACCUCUGGACAGCUCUGCUCAGUGAAAAUUUUGUUUUCAGUUUUAGAAACUCAUUUGAGAUUUCAACAUAUCAUAGGCUGGAAGUGAAAUACUGUGAAUGGACCUGGGCACUGAGAUGUUAUGUACUAGAACUGGAGAAUAAACUUGUCAAUGAAAUAGAAAAUAAUUCUAAAACCAAAACAGAAAUUAAUAAAGAGGUUAAUCAGACAUAUAACAGAGUGAAAGAGGACAUUGAGAAAUAUUUCAAACAUGAGAGAAACCUGGAAAUACUUGUUCAAUGGAAAGCCAACAUAGAGAUAAAAUAUGAACAACUGAGGGAUCAGCUCAUUGAGGAAUUGAACAGAAAAUGUCAGAUAUUAAUACAGGCAAAGAAAAGCUGCAAGAGGGUGGAUGAGAAUAGUACCAGACGUGAGCAGAAUCUGUUGAAGCAAAGUAAAGAUUUGGCAGAAAAACUGAGAACCAAAAACCCUAGUGAAACAGUGAUGCAGGAGGAAUUUGAAAAACUUUGGGAAGAAUGGGAGAAAGAAACUGCCAGAGACUUCACUCCUCCUCCUGAGGUUGAUAUUGCAGGUGACAUAGAGGCCAUCCUUCUUAGCCAUUUUAAACGCCAUCCUUAUGUAUGUGAUAAAGUUCAAAACAGAAAAGCAAUGGAAGAGACUCUUGACACCCCUUCAAGUUAUAAUCCUCUUGAAUUAGCAACAAUGUUUAUGGUUUACAUUAAACAAAAGUGGAAUGUUUUCAAUGCUAGGAAACCAAAGCACACGAAGACAAAAAUGUCUAAAGGUUUACUUUUAGAAGACUACAAGCAGACAGAAAGUAUAACAAAUAAAAUCACAGAGGCAGUUAUGAAUUACAUACAUGAAAAAGAGAAGGAGAAAGUUGAUUACAGUCCAAGCCACAUGCAUGGAGUUUUAUCCAUUAUAUCCAAUGACUUAGAAGCUUCCAGUUCACAAAUUCCAACAAUCCAGUAUAAAGAGGAGUACAGGUUUGAUUUAUCUCUUCAUUUAUGUGAAGUGGCAACCUUAAGGUUCACAAAAAUGCAUCGAGCGUUCCGUGCAGCCAAUGACCCACUUCUCUACCUAAAGAGCAUGAAGGACACUUACUACAAAAUGUUUAAGACUCUCUGUAGAGGAGCGUCGUCUGUCACUAUAUUUGUUGACUUUCUGUCAAGUAAACUUGAGGCUGCCUUACAUCAGGCUGUUUUGGAUCAAGUCUGCAUUGACAUAGCAAAUGAGAUGAGGCAGAACUGCCUGCCACUUAAAGAAAGUAAAAUCAAUUUAGAAUACCACCUGUUGAAAGACAUGGCAGAGAAGGAGGACUUUAGUAGAUUCUGGGAAUACAUUAAAGCUCCAAAGUAUUUUUUUAAAAACUACAUAAAAACUUGUGUUUAUAAUUAUUGCAUGGACAAUAAGUUAAUAAAGUCACUUUCUGAAAAGAGACUUGAAGAACUGAAGUCUGUAGUUUUAACUGCCAUUUCUAAAGCAACAACAACUGCUCUGAAGUCACUGAAAAACAUCAAGAACCCACAGAAAAGCAAAUUGUCUAAAUGGCUGGAUGUGUUCUGUGAAGAACUUGAAAAAUGCUUAAAAUUGCCAAGAAACACCUUGACACAUAUGGAGGAUGAGGAAAUCAGUGACAUGGACUUACUACAGGAGUCUCUAACAAAAGCACUAGCGACAUCAGUGGAAAAUAUCAGUAAGAAGUUCGCUUCAGCUGCAUUGGUUGACUUGAGGAAUGCAAAACAACAGCCGGAGGACAGUCUCUUUGCGCUACUAAGUGGGUGCUGGGAGCAGUGUCCUUUCUGUGGUGCCAUCUGCACAAACUCAAUUGAAGGCCACAGUGGAGACCACAGUGUGCCUUUUCAUCGACCUGAGGGAGUGAAUGGUGGGCAGUGGUACAAAACAGAUCAUUUUGUCAUUGAUAUUUGCACAAGUUCUGUUGCAAGUGACUGUUCCAUUGUGCUGAGUGACACACAUCAUGUUCCAUAUAAACAAUACAGAAAAGCAGGGCCAAAGUAUGAAAGAUGGAGAAUUGUACCUGAUGAUUCAGAACUCAAAUACUGGAAAUGGUUUGUCUGCCGUUUCCAAAAGGAACUGGAGGACAAGUACCAGAGAAAGUUUGAGGGCCGGGGUAAAAUUCCUUAUCAGUGGAAGCAAAUUAAAAAAACAGAAAUUUUUGUUGAACUUUAAGCAUUUUUUAUAAAUUCUGAAAUCUUAGCAGUAAUAUUACAUAAAAUAUAAAUUUUGAUUAGAUGCCACAUUACUCUAACAUUCAUCAGAAUUGCUUUAACAUUUUAAGUGCAUGCAUGUGUUUGAAACUUUUACAACUCCCAUGACUACGGUGACAUAUCAGGAUGAUGAAAAUGCAAAAGGCAAUGAGCAUAUCCCAUCUUUAGAACAGUGCUUUAGUUUUAAGAAGUGAUAAUGAAGUGAAAAUGUUGUAGAAAAUAUACCCUGAGUGUUCAUCUUAUUGUAUAUGACGAUGCUCUAGCUUUCAUGGUGUUUUAUUAUGUGACUUUCAACUGCUUUGCUAUAAUAUAUUAAAAAUGAAAGAGCUGGCCCAUGGCAAUGGCAGGCAUGCUUGUUACAGGGGUGCUCAGACAUGGCAUGGCAGCUUCUGAUGUAAUUAACAAUGAGUUUAUACUGAGCAAUAACAUAUACUGCAUGUUAUACUUUAAAUGGCUUUUCACACAAAAGUGUCUAUUUAUUAAUAUAUACAGUUUAUAAAAGUGUUUUGCUUAUACUAGUACUAGUAUACACUGUAUGGAAUGACUUUAAGCUCAAGUCUACAGCCCUAAAACAAGACCAUUUUAUACCAUGAAGCAGAGAGGCCCAAGGUUAUGUCAAAAAUCUUUUAUUUAGUUAAAAAGAUACCAGAUUUCUUGUUAAAGAGAGGAAGGGAGAAAUGUGUGACUAUUUAGAAUAACUACAUCAUUAUAAAACAAACUCUUAAAAACAAUAUUUCAAUAAACUGGGCAAGAGUACUGGACACGCCCUGUUGCUGGCUGUUUGUCUGUUACAAUUUUAUAGCUUCUAAGUGGAAUUUUUGUGAUGUUAUUACGAACCAGCCUUUACUCCUUUUCUAAAUGAAGUGACUGGACAAAUUAAAAAUAAAUAAAUAAAUAGUGAGAGAUAAAAUUCUCUUAUGUGUUUGUCCAAAGACUCUUGUCAUGAUGAUGUGCUCCUCUCAUGUACCUUGAAAAGCUGUUUGUGUCAAGAAGUCAAACCAACAUUAAUAGUCAAGGUAAAUGCUACAUUUGGUGCUUUGUUUUGAUAUCAGUUUACAUUUGAGAAGUGUUAUGUUUUAUACCUAGGGCUUCAAUUAUAUUUAACUUGUUUGGGACUUUAUAUGACACUUAAUUUAGAUGUGUGUUUCUGGAGUAUCCCAAUUCUCUAAAGUGGAUUGGUGAAAAUUAAAAUAUAUUAAAAUGCAUUAUGUAAAUUGACCUAACUGACAAAGGGAGCUUUUUGGUUAGUUUUUUAGUCUGCUAUGAUGCUUUGAAGAAGGCACAUGUGGGCUCAACCUAUAUAAAUGCAAAUAAAGAAUGGUGAUUUUGGAAUUUCAUAUAUAACAAUGGCUCAAAUCUCUUAUUUAUUAAGUGUUUUUUCCACAACAGUUUGGUGCUGUAACCCAGCUUAUUGUAACUGUAUCCUUCUUUGAUUGCUGCUUUUAAUGACAACUGCAAGUGUUCAGAGUGUCCGAGGAAGUGGACUGAUGGUGAAGUAGGAAGUUUGGUGAGACUAUUAACACACUUUAAUGGGGGGAUUGACUAACUGGAGGCUUAAAAUGAUCAGAUCUGAAUGCGCAGCAACAUUGUUCGCAUGAGAAAUCUAGCAAUAAGGGUAGUGUAUAAAGAAUGCAAGGGAAAAUUUUGGCCAAAAAAAAGGUAGACUAUGCUUUU